AGUCGAAAGUCAAUAGCUACUAAAGACUAUUAUUAUAGUCACCAAUAAGAUAGUGACUAUAAUAAUUAGCUUGCACCGCAAAUGUGUCAUCGGCUAUGUAUAGGUUAGUUAGAGGAGACUCGCAGGCUAGUUACAUGGCGACAUCAGCAUUCCAAAAAUACUGGAAGUUGUGGCGAGCUCGGGCUGUGACCGUAAAAGAGAUCAAUGAGAUAAGAGGAGAGGAAUUCCUGUUUCAGUGAGUGCUUGUGGGUAACGAUGUUCUGGGUUGUUCAGAGGACUGAAUGUAUGUGACUGGUGAAGACACCGAAUAUAAGUUAUUGGUGAACCUGUUUCAAUGAAGAAACUUGACAUUUACAGCGACAAAAUACAAGAGUAAUGCUAGCGGAGUUUAGGAGCUUGAGACUCCACGAUUUGGAACAGCGCGCCUAACCUGGGAUCUGGAUGAGUCCGUUUUAAGUGGGAGAUUCUGUCGGCAUUUGAGUAGGAAGACGCUCUUUAAUGUCGAAUAGUAUGCAGCGAAAACUCUGGCAAUAAAUUAUUAACCAAUUUAUACCGUCAAAACAACGCUUGUUCCGCGGAGUUAUCAGUUUAUCGUUCAGCCAACCAGCAGCAAAAUAGCGAGCGCUGCCCUACGGUGUUAAAGGGACACCGCAGGUAUUGACAAAGUUGUUGUCGUGACAUUUAAGGUUACCGUCACAUGCCAUUGUCGGACCUGGAUUGACUAAAUUGCCAUCAUGUCGUCCGGAGCGGAGAAGAGGCUGGACACCCGGCUGAAAAAGUUGGAAUCGCUGAUCAGAGACCCGAAGUCGGCGUUAAACUUGGAGAGUUUACUGGAUUCCAUGAAUGCCUUGGCCCUGGAUUUGGACUACCCGGCGCUACGGAAAAACAAAAACAUAGACGCCUUCUUAAACAGAUAUGAGAAGGCCAUGGUUAAGAUGCGGGACCUGCAGUUGAAACUGGAGGACUUUGACAAGGUCAAGAUGAUCGGCAGAGGAGCCUAUGGAGAGGUGCAACUGGUCCGUCACAAGGCGUCUCAGAAGGUGUACGCCAUGAAACAGCUGAGCAAGUUUGAGAUGAUCAAACGCUCUGACUCCGCCUUCUUCUGGGAGGAGAGAGACAUCAUGGCCUUCUCCAACAGUCCCUGGGUCGUCCAGCUGUGCUGUGCUUUCCAAGAUGACCUCCACCUCUACAUGGUGAUGGAGUAUAUGCCUGGUGGAGAUCUGGUCACCCUGACCAUGAACUACGACAUGCCAGAGAAGUGGGUCCGUUUCUACACUGCCGAGGUGGUGCUGGCUCUAGAUGCAAUCCACUAUAUGGGUUUCAUCCACCGCGAUGUGAAACCGGACAACAUACUACUGGACCAAAAUGGCCACCUCAAACUGGCUGACUUUGGCACCUGCAUGAAGAUGGACUCUACAGGCAUGGUCCACUGUGAAACAGCGGUGGGGACUCCGGACUACAUCUCUCCUGAGGUGCUCAAGUCCCAGGGGGGGGACGGCUACUACGGCCGCGAGUGUGACUGGUGGUCCGUGGGGGUGUUCAUCUUUGAGAUGCUGGUCGGCGACACCCCAUUUUAUGCCGAGUCACUAGUAGGAACAUAUGGGAAAAUCAUGGAUCACAAGAAUAACCUCAACUUCCCUGAUGAUGUGCAGAUGUCCAAUGAUGCCAAGGACCUCAUCUGUGCCUUCCUGUCUGACAGGGAGGUGCGUCUGGGGAGGAACGGCGUGGAGGAGAUCAAGAGACACCCCUUCUUCACGAACGACCAGUGGACCUUCGACACUAUCCGAGAGACCGUGGCCCCAGUAGUGCCGGAGUUGAGCAGUGACAUAGACACCAGUAACUUUGACGAGAUCGAGGAUGAAAAAGGCGACGUGGAGACCUUUCCCACACCAAAGGCCUUUGUGGGCAACCAGCUGCCAUUUGUGGGUUUCACCUACUUCAAGGAAGACCAAUUGCUAAGCGGUGUGAAUAAAGUGAUCUCUGUGGAGGACUGUGUGGAUAGCUGUGAGGAAAAACAGGACGGCAUCAAAGGAGAGUCAGAUCAGCUGCAGAAGAAGCUCCAUUGUCUUGAGGAGCAGCUCAACCAUGAGAUGCAGGCCAAAGACCACCUGGAAAACAAAUACAAGACUACAACUAGUCAUCUAGAGAAGCUGGUUAAAGAACUGGAGGAAGAGAUGAGCAGCAGGCAGAGAGUGGAGUCUUCUCUGAGGCAGCUGGAGAGAGAGAGGGCCCUGCUGCAGUACCAGAGUGCAGAGAACCUCCGCAAAGUGGAGCUGGAGGCGGACAGGAAACGCAGCCUGGAGAACGACCUGAACAGCCUGCGGGACCAGCUGGAAGAGCUGAAGAGGAGAAACCAGACCUCUCAGAUGUCCAGGGACAAGAACAUCCAACUGCAGAGACAGCUGGAUGAGGCGACAGCGGUGCUGGCAGAGGAGCAGGAGGCGGCGGGGCGUCUGCGGAGGAGCCAGGUGGAGGCCCAGAAGCAUGCCCAGGCCCUGGAGCUCAGCCUCAGGGAGCUGGUGGACAAGUGCACCCAGCUGGAGAACGCCAAGAUGGGCCUGGAGCAGCAGCUGAUGGGCCUUCAGGCCGACCUGGAGGCCGAGAGGAGGGACCGCAGUCUGGGGGCAGAGACUAUAGUUGACCUGCAGGGCCAUAUCCGGGGCCUGGAGGAGGAGGGGAAGCAGGUGAAGGGUUCUCUCUCUGGAACACAGGCAGAGAAGAGGCAGCUGCAGCAGAGACUCACUGACAUGGAGAAGGAGAAGAACAACCAGGAGAUUGACCUGACGUUCAAGCUCAAGUCGUUGCAACAGAGUUUUGACAUAGAGGAGGCCGAGCACAAGGCCACCAAGACACGCCUUGCUGACAAGAACCAGGUCUAUAAGUCCAUUGAGGAGGCCAAGUCUGAGGCCCUGAAAGGGAUGGAGCGGACGCUGCAGGAGGAGCGGAGCGCCAAGCUGCAGCUGGAGUCCAGACUGCUGCAGCUGGAGAAGGAACACUCCAUGCUGGACUGUGACUACAAGCAGGCCCAACACAAAGUGGAUGAGCUGAACACGCACAAGGACAAACUCGCCGAGGAGGUGAAGAACCUGAGCCUGGGCAUGGAGCAGGAGGAGCAGAAGCGCAGGCUGAGCAAGAACGACCUGAAGGCCCAGACCCAGCAGGUGACCGCCCUGCGCUCCUCAGAGAAGCAGCUGAAGCAGGAGCUCAACCACCUGCUAGACAUGAAGCAGAACCUGGAGAAACAGUACCAGGAGCUACGCAGGGAGAGACAGGAGGCUGAAGAACAGCUGAAGGAGUUGAAGGACCAGCUGGAGGCGGAGCAGUAUUUCACGACCCUGUACAAGACCCAGAACCGAGAGCUGAAGGAGGAGUGUGAUGAGAGGAACAAGCUGUAUAAGGACAUUCAGCAGAGACUGGAGGAGUACCAGGAGGAGAGGGAUUCCCUGGCGGCCCAGCUGGAAGUGAGCCUGACCAAGGCGGACUCGGAGCAGCUGGCGCGCUCCAUCGCCGAAGAGCAGUACUCCGAUCUGGAGAAGGAGAAGAUCAUGAAGGAGCUGGAGGUGAAGGACAUGAUGGCCAGACACAGGCAGGAGCUAGGAGACAAGGAGGCUACCAUCGGCUCGCUGGAGGAGUCCAACCGCACCCUGACAGUGGACGUGGCCAACCUGGCCAAUGAGAAGGAGGAGCUCAAUAACCAACUGAAGGAGAUGCAGCAACAGCUGCAGAAGGCCAGAGAGGAGGAGAGACAGAUGAACUGUGUGAAGAUGUCCUUCGAGAAGCAGCUGCAGACGGAGAGAACGCUCAAGAUUCAGGCGAUCAACAAGCUGGCCGAGAUCAUGAACCGCAGGGAGACGUUGCGUACGGGUCACAACCGCGACGACACGCUGGACGUGCGCAGGAAGGAGAAGGAGAACAGGAAGCUGCAGCUGGAGCUGAGGUCAGAGAAGGAGAAACUCAACUCCACCAUCAUCAAGUACCAGAAAGAGAUCAACGACAUGCAGGCGGUGAUAUCGGACGAGAGCCAGGUGCACAUCGAGCUGCAGAUGGCCUUGGACAGUAAGGACAGUGACAUCGAGCAGCUGCGCUGUCAACUGACCUCUCUGAGCGUCACCUCCAUGGACUCCACCAGUAUCAGCAGUGGUAACGACCUGGACAUGGACGACAGUGGUUACCCAGUGCACAUCACUCACUCUCAGACCUCUGAGUCCAUGUCCUUCCACUACCAGCGCACGCAGAAAUCUGUCAGCGUUGCCACCCGGCCCUCCUUCAGAGUAUCUCACCCUCUCUUUGAGGAGGAGGAGGAGGAGGAGGAUGAAGAGUAUGAAGGAAAUGAUGGGCGGUUAGAACAUGGCCGCCAACCUUUGGCCCUCACCUAUGAGCAGGCGCCCCCAGAGCCUGAUCGCAGUGGUGCAGAUACCAGGCUGGAGGGCUGGCUGUCACUUCCUGCCAAGAAUACCAAGAGGUUUGGAUGGGAUAGAAAGUAUGUGGUAGUGAGCAGUAAGAAGAUUCUGUUCUACAAUAGUGAGAUGGACCGAGAGCAGUCCAACCCCUUCAUGAUCCUAGACAUCGAUAAGCUGUUCCACAUCCGACCGGUCACUCAGACAGACGUGUACCGCGCUGACAUCAAAGAAAUCCCCCGGAUAUUCCAGAUUCUGUACGCCAACGAGGGCGAGAGCAAGCGGGAGCAAGAGUUUGCGGCGGAUCCCCUGACGCUGACAGGCGAGCGCUCGUCCUUCGUCAGGCACAAGGGUCACGAGUUCAUCCCCACGUUCUACCACCUGCCGUCGAGCUGCGAGGCGUGCACGCGGCCCCUGUGGAACGUGUUCAAGCCGCCGCCCGCGCUGGAGUGCCGCCGCUGCCACACCAAAUGCCACAAGGACCACCUAGACCGGAAGGAGGAGGUCAUCGCCCCCUGCAGGGUAAACUAUGACAUGUCCACGGCCAAAGACCUGCUCCUAUUGGCCGGCUCUCAGACAGAGCAGAAGAGAUGGGUCAGCCAGCUAAUCAAACGCAUCCCCCGGAAACACCCCACCCCUAGCCCCGCCCCCACUGCAGCCUCCGCUGCCCAAGCCCCCGAGCCACCCUAUCGCUCCUCCCCACAAGCCUCCCCACAAGCCUCCCCCCGCAAUAUCCCACAACGCUCCCCCCCCCGCAACUCCCCUAGCCUUUCCUACCGUGGAGCCAUCAAGGUCCAGCCCAGCCGCCAGAAGACUCAGCUUGAAGGGAAGCCCAGAUUGCUUGUUGAUUUUGAAAGCCUGAAGGACUGGAGUUGGUCGUUGGAGGAUGUCGAUGAUGAUGAUGAUGAUGCUAUGUUCGGCUUCUGAGGAAUUUACCUCUAUGAUACAAAGAUGUGCUGAAUCCUCUCACAUCAUGUGGACUUUGACUGGAGCCUGAACACAGUGGAACCUAUACAUCUACUUUGCCUUUUCAGAGACAAAGGCAGUGUCUCAAAUGGGGCCCUAUUCCCUACAUAGUGCACAACUUUUGACCAGGGCCCAUAUGGUUCUGGUCAAAAGUAGUUGCACUAUAUAGGGAAUAAGGUGCCAUUUUGGAUGCAACCAAAGACUGCAAAACGCCAGAUAUUUUAGGAAAGAGGGUCAGGUUAACGUUGCAUUCAUGUAAGGACUGCAGUCGGACUUGCAUAUGUCUCAGUAAACCAAAUGGUUUCACCUUCUGCCUUCUACAGUAUAGCCUGGUCCUAGAUCCGUUUGUGCUGUCUUGCCAACUCCAUUGCUGUGCUGUUGUCAUGCCAAUGGCAAGACGGCACAAACAGAUCUGGCACCAGGCUUCAUACACUAUGCAUGUCACAGCAAGUUUGAACAAUUCCAUGAUUUCAUGGAUCGAGAAAAUGAAAUACUUUGCAGGUCGCUCUAAAACUGCCUUAUUUUAUAAAUGUCAUGAUGAAAUACAUACAGACCUAGCCAUAUAUUUGCCUGUGUCUUUACAUGCCUGGGUGAUCCUCAUAAGCUAUAUAAUUAGAUGGGUCUGUAUUAGGUAUGUGUGUAUAUAGGAAUACGUGUUCUGUCAGUGUAUUAUUGCCACAAAGAUACAGUACCAGUCAAAAGGUUUGGACACCUACUUAUUCAAGGGUUUUAAUUUAUUUUUACUAUGUUCUACAUUGUAGAAUAAUAGUGAUGACAUCACAACUAUGAAAUAACACAUGGAAUCAUGUAGUAACCAAAAAAGUGUCAAAACGAUUCUUUAAAGUAGCCACCCUUUGCCCAUUCUCUCAACCAGUUUCACCUGGAAUUCUUUUCCAACAGUCUUGAAGGAGUUCCCACAAUCUCAGCACUUCUGCGGUCCAACUCAUCCCAAACCAUCUCAAUUGGGUUGAGGUCGGGUGAUUGUGGAACCCAGGUUAUCUGAUGCAGCACUCCAUCACUCUCCUUCUUGGUCAAAUAGACCUUACACAACCUGGAGGUGUGUUGGGUCAUUGUCCUGUUGAAAAACAAAUGAUAGUCCCACUAAGCGCAAACAAAAAAAUUGGCUUUUACAAAACAGCAAAAGUAUCAUUUAAAAAAAAGCCACAUGAGUAGCUGCACUAGUGAUCUACAAUAAGUGCUUGUCAAUCCAUUGAAUAAAAAAACUGAAUUCAGGAGAGCACAACAAAACACGCAAAUUAGCCUUAAGAGAAAAUAUCAAUAAUUUAAAACGGAUCAUAUUUUUGCAGAAUGCUGUGGUAGCCAUGCUGGUUAAGUGUGCCUUGAAUUCUAAAUAAAUCACUGACAGUGUCACCAGCAAAGCACCAUCACACCACCUCCUCCAUGCUUCAUGGUGGGAACCACACAUGCGGAGAUCGCAAAAUUUGGACUUAUCAGACAAAAGGACAGAUUUCCACCGGUCUAAUGUCCGUUGCUUGUAUCGCAUGGCCCAAGCAAGUUUCUUCUUCUUAUUGGUGUCCUUUAGUAGUAGCAAUUUGACCAGGAAGACCUGACUCACGCAGUCUCCUCUUAGCGGUUGAUGUUGAUGUGUUUGUUACUUGAACUCUGUGAAGCAUUUAUUUGGGCUGCAAUUUCUGAGGCUGGUAACUCUAAUGAACUUAUCCUCUGCAGCAGAGGUAACUCUGGGUCUUCCUUUCCUGUGGUGGUCCUCAUGAGAGCCAGUUUCAUCAUAGCGCUUGAUAGUUUUUUCGACUGCACUUGAAGAAACAUUAAAAGUUCUUGAAAUUUUCCGGAUUGACUGACCUUCAUGUCUUAAAGUAAUGAUGGACUGUCGUUUCUCUUUGCUUAUUUAAGCUGUUCUUGCCAUAAUAUGGACUUGGUCUUUUACUAAAUAGGGCUAUCUUCUGUAUACCAUGUCACAACACAACUGAUUGGCUCAAACGCAUUAGGGAAAGAAAUUCCACAAAUUAACUUUUAACAAGGCACACCUGUUAAUUGAAAUGCAUUCUAGGUGACUACCUCAUGAAGCUGGUUGAGAGAAUGCCAAGAGUGUGCAAAGCUUUCAUCAAGGCAAAGGGUGGCUACUUUGAAGAAUCUCAAAUAUUAAAUAUAUUUUAUUUUAAUUUGUUUAACACUUUUUUGGUUACUACAUGAUUCCAUGUGUUAUUUCAUAGUUUUGAUUUCUUCACUAUUAUUCUACAAUAUAUGAAAAAGUUUAAAUAAAUGAAAACCCUUGAAUGAGUAGGUGUGUCCAAACUUUUGACUGGUACCGUAUGUGAUAGUUUUAUUUUUACGAAAACAAAAUAUUUCACUGCACAUAUUUUUCCCUGUAAUGUUACAAGAUAGGCUAUGUAUAAAAAAUAUUAUUUUAAAGCGUGAAAUCUGAGGUUAGUCUACAAUUGAUACUUAGAUGAGUGUAUUACUUCAUUCAAAUCAUGUUACAUUAUCAGAGUAAAGUGUUUGUAGCCUGGUCCAAGGUCUGUUUGUGCUGUCUUGUCAACAACACCAACCAAAGGGGCAAAACGGCACAAACGGAUCUGGGAACAGGCUAAAGUGUUUGUCUUUAUGACCGAAUAAGGUGAACCAUGAAGUACAAUAUGGGAAUAUUCUUCUGCAGUCGCCCCAAUGGACGCUGAUCCUGGGUCAGUUUUGUAUUUACCCCACUAAUGGUUAGGAUUGGGGGAGGGGAAGCUGAUCCUAGAUCUGUACCUAGAGGAGACUUCACCCCAUCAGGUUUCAGGCUUCAGUAAACAAUGCUGACCAUCAGACAGAACUGGAACAAUAUAUUUCAUAUUUAUGUUCUAUAUAUCACUGCCUGUCUACUACAUGGCUUGUUGGAAAAAAUCUGAAUAAAUACUGUAAGACGGAGAA